ACUUGUCACGGGCUGGUAGUCGAGUCCGAUGACUAUUGAGUAGUUCUGCCCCCUUGCCCAACAGCCUUCUACUUUCUUCCUAUCUGUAGUCUCCUCUUCCGUAGUCAGUUCCCUUGGAGGCAGCUUUCCAUAAUACAUAGCCAAGCUGUACUCUAAUAGCAUACCUUUUUUUUCACAAAUAGCCCUCCUACUGAACGGAUAACCGUUGCCACACUUACUUUGUUCCUAGUGCUCUACUUUUGACUUUCUCAUUGCCAAAGUGGUGCCUUUUCUUUGUUCCUGACCAAGAACCAUUAUAUUUCAUCCUUAACUUGAUAAGACCCUUAUCGCCAUGUCUCGACACCACCGUUGGUAUGAAGAUGGAGAAGAAGUUGAGGACGGUGAUGAUAGCGAUAAUCAAAUGGAGGAAACUGACAGCCACCGAGAUGAAGACACCUCAGUUGAUGAGAUGGACUAUUGGCUGCAGCGCUGCUCCAUUUGCUUUGACUCACAGUUGGACCUUUGUCUUGAAUAUUGCCGUGAUCAAUUCUGCAUUGACUGCUUUGAACGCUAUGUUACAGAAGUCGUCUCAUCAUCUUGGGGCCUGAGUAUUACGAAAAUUAAAUGUCCAGUCUGUCGAGAUUGUAUUCCAUAUGGAGAGUGGAGCAAAUAUGUCCCACAACACGUUAUUGAUACUUACAACAAAUAUAAUCAACCUUAUCGAUCGUUCUCUCGGUUCUGUCCAGACUGCCAAGGAGAAGUCAAGGCUUGUGAAUACAGUCGCAAUUCUGGUUUCACAAGAGAAAGUCGCAUUAUCCUCAUUCAAGAAACAAUCAAAAACUUGAUACUGUCAUAUGAUCCCGACAUUAUGUUGGAUGAAACCUCCCAAAUGCGAAGAUUGUUGACAACUUUUGAUGAUGUCUAUCGAAGUUAUGGGGGUCAUAACUUGCAAGAAUUGCACAAACACACAGUCAAAACCCUUUUCACGUGGGCUGAUGAAAGAGAAUAUGAAGUCAAAGCCUUAGCUGAGCUACAGAGCAGCCGAUUUGGGAGACUCGACAUGAAACGUAAAUUUUCUCGAGUAGAUGUACUUCGACAAGCAUCGAGCAUUUCCAAGCAACUGGUUGCUUUGGAAGUGCGACCAGAAGGCUGGAAACGAUUGCAAUUCAGCCACAUUAAGAACUUUCCAUUCACACAUUGCACUCACUGUCAGCUUGAGCUAUGCCUACAGUGCGGUGAACCCGCUCAUCCUGAUGCUAAUUGUAUAGUUAAUAUGGAGAAAAAGAUAGUGCGCAACACUGAAACAGCUGAUGCGAUAGAGACGUUGCAAUGGAAAUUGAAGAAUAGUCGUCCAUGCCCUUCCUGCUACAUCAUGAUAAAUCGUGACGAGGGAUGUAACAAGGUUGACUGUUCUUACUGCGGUCAUGCGUUCUGUUGGUCCUGCCGUUCAUCUUGGUCGGAGAAAUGUGGAUUUUACCAAUGUCGAGAUCCAACUACAUCAACUAGCCUUGUGACCGCACCAAAUGAAGUGGAAAAGGUAUCGGAAAUAAAGGUACAGUUGUCAAUUUAUCGCACAAAGCAGUGGGACGGAAACAAUGUCAGCUUACAGCCAUAUUUGACAUCCCAGACGGAGCUUGGUGUACCCAAUGUAUUUCUCAUUCAAACAAGACUUUCUACCACGGUGCAAGCGUAAUAGUGUAUUCAAACAUAACCGAUGGGUUUGCUACAUCAUAAUGUUACUCGAUCAUUGGCCCCUAUGGUAGCACCAUAGUGUAUAGCAGUCAAUGAUCGAGUAUCACAUUCUCUACCUCAUGUCAUUAAAUUAGCUUUAGAUUUUGUAAUCAGAAUUAGUAUUGAAAAUAUUUUCCAAAUUCUGUUCUGUUCUGGUAUAGGCCUGUUUAUUUCAUUCUUCAACAAAUAGUGUGAUGCACUUGGGAUGAAAACAUGAAGUGAGAGGAAAAAAGAGAUUAG